UAGGCAGUUGCUUCCGGCAAGCCCCGGCGGCUGAAAGCCGGGGCUAACUUGUGGGUCGGGGUCGCGCGGUUUACGUCUUCGUCGCCUGCAGGCGACGACUGCCGUGGGGGAGGGUGGGGAAGAGCUGUCAGAGGUGCUGGCCCACGCCGCAGUUCGUUACAGCUUUACCUCAGUUCAAAAUGAACUACAUGCCCGGCACCGCCAGCCUCAUCGAGGACAUAGACAAAAAACACUUGGUCCUGCUUCGAGAUGGAAGGACACUUAUAGGAUUUUUAAGAAGCAUUGAUCAGUUUGCUAACUUAGUGCUUCAUCAGACUGUGGAGCGUAUUCAUGUGGGCAAAAAAUACGGUGAUAUUCCUCGAGGGAUUUUUGUGGUCAGAGGAGAAAAUGUGGUCCUACUAGGAGAAAUAGACUUGGAAAAGGAGAGUGAUACACCUCUGCAACAAGUAUCUAUUGAAGAGAUCCUAGAAGAACAAAGGGUAGAACAGCAAACCAAAUUGGAGGCUGAGAAGCUGAAAGUUCAGGCCCUUAAAGAUCGGGGUCUUUCUAUUCCCCGAGCAGAUACUCUUGAUGAGUAUUAAGCUCUUUGCUCAGAGGUUAUUUCUCUUAGUGAUCAGGGAUUAUGUCACUGACGGAAAGUAACAUCCUGAUCACCUCAUACAUUUAACCAGAGACUGUAAUUUUGAAAGAUUAUUUUUAUUGUUAAUUCUUUCACAUAUGUAAUAUGAAGAAAUCAUGGGAUUUUAUUUUACUUUGUUUAAAUAAGAAAAAUCAUUGUUUAAGGAAACAAUGAAAUGGACUUCUUUCACCACAUGUCCCUGCAGAGCUGGGACACGUAUUGCUUUUCUUUGUAUUGCUUUUCUUCUCCUAGAGUAGAGUUUAUGGGAGACAUUCUGUAUUUCUUUGUAAAUUGUAAAUAAAAUAUGAAUCUCA